AUGACGGGAACGAUCAUCGUAACUGGUGCCAAUGGCUCUCUGGCCCUCGCAUAUAUAUCCCCUCUCUCAAAGAACCAUCCAUCAUACACCAUCCUCGCAACAGUCCGCAAUGCAUCUCCCUCCGAUCCCAACACCGCCCAACUCUCCUCCAUCCUCUCAUCAAAUCCCAAAUCCUCCAUCGAAGCUCUCGACCUCUCUAUUCUCUCCAACGUACGAAACUUCUCCGAAAACACAGCGAAGAGAGUAGCCUCCGGCGAGAUACCUCCUAUAAAAGCUAUCAUCUGCAACGCCUUCACCAUGUCUCUUACAGAGCAGGUUUAUACUCCCGAUGGUUUCGAGAGGACGUUCCAGGUCAAUCAUUUAUCUCAUUUUGUUCUAGUGCUAAAGUUGGUUGGAAGUAUGGCAAGUGAUGGGAGGAUCGUGAUGCUUGGUUCGAAUACGCACUAUACAACUCGUACACAUCCCCUUUUCAAGCAGCGACCUGGUAUUCCAGAGGAUACUGAGCUUUUAGUCAAGCCGUUGCCGGAUAAGAAGGGAAGAGGGCACGAUGGAGGAUUUCAUCGUUAUGGAAACUCGAAGUUGGCUAAUAUCAUGUUCAUGCACGACCUCAAUGCCAGGCUUGAGAAGAAUCCCAAACUCUCUGGUAUCACAGCUAUAGCAAUGGACCCAGGCGGCAUGGUCGACUCCCGUGCGCACAGAAUCCAGACGCCGUUCAUGCGGUUUGCUUUUAGUCUUGUGCUUAUAUCACUCCCCAUUCUUCGAUACCUCACCGAUACUAUGCGAACAGCAGCACAGUCAGGUCGAGAGCUGGUAGAGUUGAGCGUUGGUGAGAGAUUCAAGGGUACUAAGGGGUAUUUCAUGGGGGCCAGACGGGAGGAAGAGGAUAUUGCAUGCAAGGAUGUCCAUAAGAGGGAGCUGCUGUGGAAUGCUUGCUGGAAGUGGGCUGGAAUGAAGGAGGAAGAGACUGUUUUGUUGUGA